AAAAGGCUUAGAGAGCCAGGAUUCUGCAAGGACAGGCACAGAAGAGGCUCUGCCGGCAGGGGCUACACAGAGUUCAUGUUUUUGGGGGGCUUUCUUACUCUCUGGACACGAUGGCGGAGGCUGAGGCCUGGAAGUGCUCUUCUCAGGAUCCUGCUUCAGCUCCAGGAGACAGAGAUACUGCAGACCCAGUACGAGCAGCUGGUGACCGACCUGCUACGCUGGAUUGCAGAGAAGCAGGCGCAGCUGGAGGCACGGGAUUUCCCAAACUCGCUGCCGGCCAUGCGGCAGCUACUGGCAGCAUUUGCCUCCUUCCGCACCCAGGAGAAGCCACCUCGGCUGCAGCAGCGAGGGGCUGCAGAGGCGCUAUUCUUCCGGCUACAGACGGCGCUCCAAGCCCAGAACCGUAGGCCCUUCUUGCCUCACCAGGGCCUGGACCUUGUAGAGCUGUCCCAGUGCUGGGCAGGGCUGGAGUGGGCAGAGGCUGCACGGAGCCAGGCCCUACAGCACAGGCUACUGCAGCUGGAGCGGCUAGAAACCCUGGCCCGGCGCUUCCAGCGCAAAGCGGCCCUCCGGGAGAGUUUCCUUAAGGAUGCAGAGCAGGUGCUGGACCAGGCCGGAGCCCCGCCAGCCAGCCUGGCUGCAGUGGAGGCAGCUGUCCAGAGGCUGGGCAUGCUGGAGGCUGGCAUCCUGCCCCAGGAGGGGCGCUUCCAGGCCCUGGCUGAGAUCGCAGACAUCCUCCAGCAGGAGCAGUACCACAGCUGGGCAGAUGUGGCCCACAGGCAGGAGGAAGUUACCCUGCGCUGGCAGAGGCUCCUCCAGUGUCUACAGGGACAGAGGAAGCAGGUGGCAGAUAUGAAGGCUGUGCUGAGCCUGCUCCAGGAGGUGGAGGCUGCCUUCAAACAGCUGGAGGAGCUGCAGGAGCUGGCCAGCUCCACCACCUGUGGGCAGCAGCUGGCAGAGGUGGUAGAGCUGCUGCAGAGGCAUGACCUGCUGGAGGCCCAAGUCUCAGCCCACGGAGCCCACGUGACCCAUCUUGCCCAGGAGGCAGCAGAGCUGGACUCCCUGCUGGGUACUAGUGUGGAGGUGCUGCAAGCCAAGGCCAGGACACUGGCUCAGCUCCACCAGAGCCUGGUGGCUCUUGUCAAGGCCCGGCGAGCCCUGCUGGAGCAGACCCUGCAGCGGGCAGAGUUCCUGCGCAACUGUGAGGAGGAGGAAGCCUGGCUGAAGGAGUGCAGACAGCGGGUGGGGAAUGCGGCCCUGGGCCGGGAUCUCCACCAGAUCGCAGGCGCCCUGCAAAAACACAAGGCCCUGGAAGCUGAGGUCCACCGCCACCAGGCCGUGUGCGUAGAUCUCGUGCGGAGGGGACGCGACCUCAGCACCCGAGGGCCCGCGACGCAGCCGGAUCCCGGGGAACGCGCAGAGGCCGUGCAGUGCUCUUGGCAGCUGCUCAGGACCUGCGUGGCGGAGGAGGGCGCACAGCUGCAGACAGCCCUGCUGGUCCUGCAGUACUUCGCGGACGCGGCGGACGCGGCUUCCUGGCUGAGCGAGCAGCGAUCCUCGCUGGAGAGCGCGUCCUGCGGCCAGAACCAGACCGCAGCCGAGGCCCUGCUGCGGCGCCAUAUGCGGCAGGAGCGCGUCCUGUUUGCCUUCGCCGCGGAGCUGCAGCGGCUGGAGGAGCAGGCGCGGGUGGCCUCGGCCCGGGCGUCAUUCACGGUGAAGUCUGCCCCGAGCCCUCCAGGAGAAAGCCUGAGGAACCCAAGGCCCCGGAGUGAGGCUUCCUGCUGGGAAGUGAUGGCCCUCCCAGCAGAGCCGGACCCUGGCUUUGAUCCCAACACUAUACUCCAGACACAGGACCGCUUGAGUCAAGACUAUGAGAGUCUGCGGGCCCUGGCAGAGCUCCGCAGGGCCCAGUUGGAGGAGGCCAUGGCCCUGUUUGGCUUCUGCAGUUCCUGUGAGGAGCUCCAGUCAUGGCUGGAGGAGCAGACAGCACUGCUCCAGAGGAUGCAGCCCCAGGUUGACAGCGUGGAGGUCACGCAGCUCAAAUAUGAGAACUUCCUUACUGCCCUGACUGUGGGAAAGGGCCUCUGGGCUGAGGUCAGCAGCUCUGCUGAGCAACUGAAGCAGAGAUAUCCUGGGGAUGCCACAAAAAUCCAGCGGGAGCAGGAGGAACUGAGGCAGAGGUGGGGGCAGCUAGAGGUCCUGAAGCAGGAGAAGGCCAUGCAGCUGGCCCGCAGUGCGGAAGUGCACAGCUUUCUGCAGGAGUGUGGCCCCACACAGAUCCAGCUGCAGGAUGUCCUCCUCCAGCUGGAGGCCCUGCAGCCGGGGAGCUCAGAGGACACCCACCGCACCCUGCAGCUGGCCUGGAAGAAGACCCUGAUGCUGGAGAGGAGGGUCCACCUCCUCCAAAGGGUGGUUAUAAAGGUUGAGGAGUCAGGCCACGCGGAGAGCCAGCCCCUGCAAGGACAGGUGGAGACACUGCAGGGGCUGCUGAAGCAGGUACAGGAACACGUGGCCCGACAGGCACAGGGCCAGGCUGAAGCUCAGACCCGGAACAGCCUCCUGCAGGAGAGCCUGCGGCUGCGUCUGUGGGCAGAGAGAAUCCAUGCUCAGCUGCACAGCAAGGAGGAGCCGGUGGAUGUGGCCUCGGCUCAGCGGCAGCUGUGGGAGCAUGGAGAUCUGCUGGAGGAGAUCCACCUGUGGCGGGAGAGGCUGCAGCAGCUGGAUGCUCAGAGCCAGCCCAUAGCAGCGUUGGACUCCCCGGACUGCCAAGAGGUGGCCAACACUCUGAGGCUCCUAGGGCAGCAGGGCCAGGAGCUGAAGGCUAUGUGGGAGCAGAGGCAGCAGUGCCUGCAGGAGGGGCUGGAGCUGCAGAGGUUUGGCCGAGAAGUGGAUGGUUUCACUGCCACCUGUGCCAACCAUGAGGCCUGGCUGCACCUGGACAACCUUGGGGAGGACGUGAUGGGGACCCUGAGCCUGUUGCAGCAGCACCGGGAGUCUGAGCAGCUCCUGAGCAGCCUGGGCCCUCGGGCAGAGGCUCUGUGGGCACACGGCGAGAAGGUGGUCCGGAGCCAGCACCCAGCUGCAUACACGGUCAGAGAGCAGCUGCAGAGUGUCCAGGCGCAGUGGACCAGGCUGCAGACAAGGAGUGAGCAGAGGAAGAGGCAGCUGCUGGCUUCCCUCCAGCUCCAGGAGUGGAAGCGGGAUGUGGCAGAGCUGAUGCAGUGGAUGGAGGAGAAGGGGCUGCUGGCAGCACAUGAGCCCUCUGGAGCCCCCCAAAACAUCCUGCAGACACUCAAGCGGCACGAAGCAGCUGAGUGCGAGCUGCUGGCCACCCGAAGACACGUGGAGGCCCUGCAGCAGGCUGGGAGAGAGCUGUUGAGUAGGAGGCCCCAUGGCCAGGAGGACAUACAGACCAGGCUUCAAGGCCUGAGGAGCAAGUGGGAAGCACUGAACUGCAAGAUGGCUGAGCGUGGGGACAAGCUCCGGCAGGCUGGACAGGAGGAGCAGCUCCUGAGGCAGCUGCAGGAUGCAAAGGAGCAGCUUGAGCAACUGGAAGGAGCCCUGCAGAGCUCGGAAACUGGGCAGGACCUGCUCUCCAGCAAGAGGCUGCAGAGACGGCACCACCAGCUGGAGAGCGAGAGCCAGGCCCUGGCCAGCAAGAUGACUACCCUCGCCUCCCAGGCACACAGCAUGGCCACUUCCCUGGCCAUCCUGGAAGACACCCAGAAGUACCUCCAGAGGCUGGAGUUUCUGCAGGGGCAGCUGGCCAUCCAGGGCUUGCAGCUGCAGGCCUCUGUGGAGCUGCACCAGUUCUGCCACCUGAGCAACACAGAGCUCUCAUGGGUGGCCGAGCACAUGCCCCAUGGCAGCCCUACCCGCUCUGCCGAGUGCUUAGAUGGUGUCCAGAGCCUUCUCCGCAAGCACAAGGUGCUCCAGGUGGAAGUGAGAGCUCACCAGGGGCAGGUGCAGCGGGUGCUGAGUUCCGGACGGAGCAUGGCAGCCUCGGGGCACCCCCAAGCUCCAAGCAUCGUGGAGAAGUGCCAGGAGCUGGAAGGCCGCUGGGCAGAGCUGGAGAGGGCAUGUGAGGCGCGGGCCCAGUGUCUGCAGCAGGUGGUCGCUUUCCAGCAGUACUUUCUGGAUGCAUCAGAGCUGGAGGGCUGGGUAGAGGAGAAGCGGCCGCUGGUCAGCAGUCGGGACUAUGGCAGAGACGAGGCAGCCACCCUUGGGCUCAUUAAGAAGCACAAGGUCCUACAGGAGGAACUAGCUGUUCACUGGAGCUCUGUGGAGGAGCUUGACUGGAGGGCCCAAACCCUCACUGGCCCUGAAGCCCCUGAGCAGCAGCGUGUGGUACAGGAGAGGCUCCGGGAGCAGCUGCGGGCGCUGCAGGAGUUGGCAGCCACGCGGGGCCGGGAGCUAGAGGGCACCCUGAAACUGCACGAGUUCCUGAGGGAGGCCAAGGACCUGCAGAACUGGCUGGCCAGCCAGAAGCAGGCAGCCAAAGGCGGGGAGAGUCUGGGGGAAGACCCCGAGCACACCCUGCACCUCUGCACCAAGUUUGCAAAGUUUCAGCGCCAAGUGGAGACAGGCGGCCAGCGGGUGGCAGCCUGCAGGCUGCUAGCGGAGAGCCUGUUGGAACGUGGGCACAGCACCGGCCCCAUGGCCCGUCAGAGGCAGCAGGAUCUGCAGGCCACCUGGUCGGAGCUGUGGGAGCUGACCCAGGCCCGAGGCCGCCUGCUCCGAGAUGCUGAGACCGCCCUCAGAGUUCACAGAGAUCUCUUGGAAGUCCUCACCCAGGUCCAGGAGAAAGCCACGAGCCUCCCCAACAAAGUGGCACGGGACCUGCGUGGGCUGGAGGCCCAACUUAGGAGCCACCAGGGGCUGGAGCGAGAACUCAUGGGCACAGAGCGGCAGCUGCAGGAACUGCUGGAGACUGCAGGCAGGGUGCAGAAGCUGUGUCCAGGGCCUCAGACCCAUGCCGUGCAGCAGAGGCAGCAAGCUGUGAUGCAGGCAUGGGCAGUGCUGCAGCGACGCAUGAAGCAGCGCAGGGCCCAGCUGGAGCGUGCACGCCUCCUGGCCCGCUUCCGCUCAGCGGUGCGUGACUACACUUCCUGGGCAGCCCGCAUGCGGCAGGAACUGCAGGUGGAGGAGAGCUCGCCAGAGCCCAGCAGUGCCCCCCUGAAGCUCAGUGCCCACCAAUGGCUCCGGGCAGAGCUGGAGGCCCGGGAGAAGCUGUGGCAGCGCGCCAGCCAGCUGGGUCAGCAGGCGCUCCUGGGUGCAGGGGCACCUGCCAAGGAGGUCCAGGAAGGACUUCGAGCCCUGCAGGACCAGCGAGACCAGGUGUUCCAGGGCUGGGCACGGAAGCAAGAGAGGCUGCAGGCUGAGCAGCAGGAGCAGCUGUUCCUCAGAGAGUGUGGCCACCUGGAGGAGAUCGUCAGGGCCCAGGAGGUCUCCCUGAAAACCAGUCCCUUGGGGAGCUCGGUGGAAGAGGUAGAACAGUUGAUUCGAAAGCACAAGAUCUUCCUGAAGGUUCUGACUGCCCAGGACAAGAAGGAGGCAGCCCUGCGUGAGCGGCUGAAGGCGUUCCGGGGCCCCCGGGGGCAGGACCCGCUUCCCGCCGUGCUACAGCUCCGGGCCAGAGUGAAGGAGCUGGCGGAGAGCCGGGGACACGCCCUGUGCGCCUCACUGCUGAUGGCCAGCUUCAUCCAGGCCGCAACCCAGGCUGAGGACUGGAUCCAGGUGCAGGCCCAGCGGCUGAAGGAGCCGAUCUCUGCAGGGGACCUGAGAGAAAAGCUGAAGCCCCUGCUGAGACACCAGGCCUUUGAGGCUGAAGUCCGGGCCCAUGAGGAGGUCUUGAUCUCUGUUGCCAAGAAGGGCGAGGAUCUCCUGGCACAGAGCCACCCUCGAGCAGGAGAGGUCUCCCAGUGGCUGCAGGGGCUGCAGAAGCAGUGGGAGGACCUGAGGCAGGCGGUGGCCCUCAGAGGCCAGGAGCUGGAGGACAAGCGGAAGUUCCUGGAGUUCCUGCAGAGAGUGGACCUCGCAGAGGCCUGGAUCCAGGAGAAGGAGGUGAUGGUGAGUGCUGGUGACCUGGGCCAGGACCUUGAGCACUGCCUGCAGCUCCGAAGGCGGCUCCACGAGUUCCAAGGAGCUUCUGCUGGGGACACAGUGGGUGAUGCCCACAUCAGGAGCAUCAGUGACUUGUCACUCCAGCUCAAGAGCCGGGACCCUGAGGAAGUCAAGAUCAUCUGCCAGCGGCGAAGCCAGCUCAACAACAGGUGGGCAAGUUUCCAUGGCAACCUGCUCCGGUACCAGCAGCAGCUCGAAGGGGCCCUGGAGAUACACACACUGUCACGAGAGCUGGACAAUGUCACCGAGAGGAUUCGGGAGAAGGAUGCGUUGAUCCAGGCCCUGGACUGUGGGAAGGAUCUGGAGAGCAUGCAGAGGCUGCUGUGGAAACAUGAGGAGCUGGAGCGGGAAAUUCACCCCAUCCAGACCCAGGUGGAGUCCCUAGAGCAUGAGGUGGGCCUCCUCUGCCAGAGAAGCCCUGAGGCAGCCCAUGGCCUCAGGCACAGGCAGCAGGAGAUGACCAGCAGCUGGUGGCAGCUCCGGAGCAGGGCCCAGAAGCGGAGAGAGGCGCUGGAUGCCUUGCACCAAGCUCAGAACCUCCAGGCAAUGCUGCAGAAAUUGCUAGUCGGUGCCCAAAGGCUGCGGACUCAGAUGGAUGUGAGCCCCACUCCUCGCAGCCCUGUGGAAGCCCGGCGAAUGUUAGAAGAGCACCAGGAGCACAAGGCCGAGCUGGACUCCUGGACAGACAGCAUCAGCCUGGCCCGAAGCACUGGGCAGCGGCUACUCACAGCAGGGCACCCGUCUACCCCUGACAUUCGCCAGGCCCUAGCUGGCUUAGAACAGGAGCUGAGCAGCCUGGAAAGGGCCUGGCAGGAACACCAGCAGCAGCUGCAGCAGGCCCUGGAGCUACAGCUGUUUCUAAGCUCUGUGGAGAAGAUGGAACGUUGGCUUUGCAGCAAGGAAGACGCCCCAGGCAGUGAGGUUCUGUGGGACCCCUCCGCCCCCGUGGAGCCUCUUCUGUGGAAGCACAAGAUGCUGGAGCAGGACUUGGAGGCACAGGCGGGAAAGAUCAGCGCUCUGGAGGCCGCAGCCCACAGCCUACAGCAGGGUGGACACCCCAAGGCCCAGAGUGCCCUGGGCAGGUGCCAGGCCAUGCUCCUAAGGAAGGAAGCGCUCUUCAGACAGGCCAGGACCCGCCGCCACCGCCUGGAGGAGCUCCAGCAGCUGCAGGCCUUCCUGCAGGACUCCCAGGAGGCGGCUGCAUGGCUGAGGGAGAAGAACCUGGUGGCCCUGGAGGAGGGUUUGCUAGACCCAGCCACACUGCCGGCGCAGAUGCGGAAGCAGCAGAAUUUCCAGGCCGAGCUGGACGUGAGCAUGCACCAACAGCAGGAGCUGCAGCGGGAGGGACAGAAGUUGCUGCAGAUGGGCCCCCCAGCCUCGGAGGCCAUCCAGCAGCGACUGCAGGAGCUGGGAGCGCUCUGGGGUGAGCUGCAAGCCAACUUCCAGAAAAAAGCAGCUAAGCUUCAAAAGGCCUGUGAGGCCCAGUGUCUGCGGCGGAGCAUGGAGGAACUGUCAAGCUGGCUGGAUCCCAUUGACGUUGAGCUGAGAGCCCCCAUUGGGGGCCAGGCCUUGCCUGGGGUGGGCGAGCUCCUGGGCACACAGGUGGAGCUGGAGGCAGCCAUGGAUAAGAAGGCCAGGCAGGCUGAGGCGCUGCUGGGCCAGGCCCAGGCCUUGGUGAGGGAAGGCCACUGGCUUGCCCAGGAUGUGGAAGAGCAGGCCUGGCAGCUGCUCCAGAGGGUCAAGAGCCUGCGGGAGCCCCUACAGGAGCGCAGGACAGCCCUGGAAGCCCAGAGCCUCCUCUUGCAGUUCUUCAGGGAUGCCGACGAGGAAAUGGCCUGGGUGCAGGAGAAGCUGCCUCUGGCCACUUCCCAGGACUAUGGCCAGAGUCUGAGUGCAGUGCGGCAGCUGCAGGAGCAGCACCAGAACCUGGAGAGAGAGAUGAGCAGCCAUGAGGCUCUGACCCGGGUGGUGCUGGGCACCGGGCAUAAGCUGGUACAGGCUGGGCACUUUGCUGCCCAUGAGGUGGCCGCCCGCGUGCAGCAGCUGGAGAAGGCUGUGGGCCGCCUGCAGGCAGAAGCGGUACGGAGGCGGCUUCUGCUGCAGGAGGCUCAGGAGGCCCAGCAGUUUCUGACUGAGCUCCUGGAGGCAGGAUCCUGGCUGGCCGAGCGGGGCCAUGUCCUGGACAGUGAGGACGUGGGCCACAGUGCUGAGGCCACCCAGGCCCUACUGCGGCGACUAGAGGCCACUAGGAGAGACCUGGAAGCGUUCAGCCCACACAUCGAGAGGUUGCAGCAGACAGCGGCACACCUGGAGAGCAGGAAGAACCCAGAAAGCCCCAGGGUGCUAGCCCAGCUACAGGCGGUGCGGGAGGCCCAUGCAGAGCUGCUGCGGAGGGCGGAGGGCAGGGGGCACGGCCUGCAGGAGCAGCUGCAGCUCCACCAGCUGGAGCGAGAGACCCUGCUCCUCCAUGCCUGGCUGACCACCAAGGCAGCCACUGCCGAGUCCCGGGACUACGGGCAGGACCUGGAAGGCGUCACGGUGCUGGAAGAGCAAUUUGAUGCUUUCAGAAAGGAAGUUCAGAGCUUGGGCCAGGCCAAGGUGCAGGCCCUGAGGAAGUUGGCAGGCACCCUGGAGCGGGGCGCACCCAGGAGUUAUCCCCACAUCCAAGCCCAGAGGAGCCGUAUUGAGGCCGCUUGGGAGAGGCUGGACAAGGCAAUACAAGCCCGCACAGAGAACUUGGCUGCAGCCCAUGAGGUCUACACCUUUGAGCAGGCAGUGGCCGAGCUGCAAGGAAGGAUGAGGGAGAAGACAGCCCUGAUGAAGGGGGAGGAUGGAGGUCACAGCCAGUCAUCUGUGCAGACCCUGCAGCAGCAGCAGAGGCGUCUGGAGAGAGAGCUGGCAGCUAUGGAGAAGGAGGUGGCACGGGUGCACAUGGAAGCCGGCCGACUGGGCCAGCUGCAUCCUGCGGCUCAGGGGGGGCUGGCCGAGCGGCUGGCCAAGGUGCAGGAGGCCUGGGCCACCCUGCAGCUGAAGGCCCAGGAGAGAGGCCGGUGGCUGGCACAGGCUGCAGAGGGCCAUGUCUUCCUCGGGCGCUGCCGGGAACUGCUAGCACGGGCACAGGAGAGGCAGGAGCUGGCAUCCUCCGAGGAGCUGGCUGAGGAUGUGGCGGGGGCUGAACAGCUCCUUGAGCAGCAUGAGGAGCUGGGGCAAGAAAUCAAGGAGUGCUGCCUUCAAGCCCAGGACCUGUGGCAGGAAGGACAGCAGCUGGUAGAUGACAGCCACUUCAUGUCCCUGGAGGUGACAGAGUGUCUACAGGAGCUGGAAGGUCGGCUGCAGGAGCUACAGGAGGCCUGGGCCCUGCGCCAGCAAUGCUGUGCCAAGAGCUGGGGCCUACAGAAGCUUAGGCAGGAGCUGGAGCAGGCUGAGGCCUGGCUGGCCUCCCGGGAAGGCCUCCUGCUGGAGCCCGACUAUGGGCACUCAGUGUCAGAUGUGGAGCUGCUGCUGCACAGACACCAGGACUUAGAAAAGCUGCUGGCAGCCCAAGAAGAGAAGUUUGCCCAAAUGCAGAGGAAGACAGAGAUGGAACAGGAGCUGCUGCUGCCACUGCAGGAGCUGAAACCCAGGAGAGCUGGCAGCUUACUGACAUCCUUUCAGUGGAGGAUCUCUGGACACCAGGGGCCAGGAGCACAGCUGGCUGAGACAGAGGGUCCACAGAAUGCAGAGGGUACUCCCACCAUGGAGGGGUCUUUGGAGUUCAAGCAGCAGUUGCUGCCUGGCGGGAAGCAGCCCAGCUCCAGCUCCUGGGACAGCUGCCGUGGGGCCUUGCACAGCAGCUCCCUGAGCCUGUUCCUGGAUGAGAGGAUGGCAGCGGAGAAAGUAGCUUCCAUGGUCCUCCUUGACCUCACAGGAGCCCAGUGUGAGAGGCUGUGGGGCCACCAUGGCAGGAAACACACUUUCUCCUUAAGGCUGACCAGUGGGGCAGAGAUCCUGUUUGCGGCACCGUCGGAAGAGCAGGCUGAGAGCUGGUGGCGAGCCCUGGCCAGUGCUGCAGCCCAGAGUCCGAGCCUGGAACUCAAAGCCAAACCUGUCAGCUCUUUGAAUGAGUGUGCGGCCGAGGAUGCCCAGCCUGGAUGUCUAGGCAGUGGCCCACAGGCUCACUUCCCUGAUUCCUUCCUCUCCAAGGCACAGAACAUCGGCAGGACAGCCAGACCCUGCCCCACCCUUGCCGUAACCCGUUUUCUACUGAUCCUCCCCUACCUUCCACCAUCCCCAGUGCACCGCAAUGGAGAGGGCCCGGGGUGA